AUGACUGAGCCUUCCGCAAAUGCUACUACCAUCGACGAAACCAUGCCUCAAGUAGAGCCAGAUCCAUUACCUACGCGAUGGGACUAUCACCUAAAGAGUAAUUUCACCCUCAAUGGUCAACCUGCCGAAUGGGCACAAGGCUCUCCGCAGCACUGGGGAUCUGAGGAGCUGGCAAUUGAAGUCAACGAUGCAGUGAGUAUCAUUGCACUAAGCCAAGACGACAAAUGCAUUGCCAUAGGACUCAAAAGUGGACUCGAAAUCUACGAGAUCGAUGGCGAACCUAUUCGCCGACUUUCAAUUCCUUCAUCGCCCGAAGACUGGGUUGCGGUGCACAUUGAAUGGAAUCGAAACCAACUCGACGAUCACAGAUAUCAAAUUGUCGUCUGCUACACUACUCCUCGCGUUCUGGGUUCUGCAUUGAAAGAGGCAGUCCUCCAGGUUUACAACUUGGAUACGCAAGAGUGGAAAGCCGAGGCAAUACCACAGCUGAAUAUAAAUUGCUUCAAAUGGCCCAGUCGAAGCCUCAACAUGAUCAACGGCCCCAGCAAUCGAUUCCUCGUUCUAUCACGAGACUCAUCAAACGACCCAAAAAACAACUGCAUCGAAUCAUGGGACUUAAGCGAACGCUCUCGGAUCUGCCAACUCCCGAAACCAUCCAAAGAAACACUAUGGCUAAGCCUCAACCCCUCCGGAUCUCUCAUCGGCAUCGCCUCGCUUGAUCAAACUCUCAGUCUGUUCGACACACAAUCCGGUCUCCUAAAAUCCUCAACUCCCGCUCUCGGUGGACAAAUCCACAACGCAAAAUUCUCCCCCGACGGUACCAAAAUCGCCUGCGCCCAUUCCGGCACUCACCCCUCCAUACGAAUUUUCGACAUGAACCUACAACAACUCCACGCAAUCGACUUCCACUUCCUAACUCGAGGUCUAGCCUGGUCACCAGAAAGUAAUCUCCUAGCCUAUGGCGCUCAAGGCGGCCAUUUACAAAUUUUCGAUUAUGCCUCGAGAGCUAUCUUGCAGAAUUGGGAAUUAGAGUAUCCUGGUAUCAGGCCUUCUCCGUUGAAUGAAGUUGAUGGAGUACAAAUUGUUGACGAGGGAAAGAAGAUUAUGUUCACGACGGGAAUGGAGGGAGGAGUGGAAGUCUAUGAUUUCUCGAGUAAUCGAAAAUGGCGAUUUCAGCCUGGUGAGGAUGAGAACGAGUUUGUUCGUGGGACGAAAAGAAGUAGACCGAUCUGGUCGUCAAGACGGCGACAGAUAAUCGUUCUGGAUGGAGAUGGAGCCAUCAGGUUCUGGACAGUAUGA